CAACGUUUUCCUGUAAUUGAUUGCUUACAAAAGUUUGGCUGCGCAGGGUAACUAUACCUAACUUACGUGUCCAAAACCAACAAUCCAUAGUUUUUUUUAAACUAUGAAUCACGCCAGAAUAUCCUCGUUCUGUCGUAAUAAAAACAUAAAAAACAAGUUUGGCAAGCCUUUUUGUCGUUGGAUUCAUGUUGGCGAAAAGAUUCACGACUUUUCUGUCAUAGAUAAAAGAAAUAUACCUGAACUAGAGUUAGAAUACAUUCGUUUGCAGCAUGAUGCUACUAAGGCUGAUAUGAUCCAUCUUUCACGGAACGAUCCUAAUAAUGUGUUCAGUAUUGGCUUCCAUACGCCUACUGAUAGUGACAAAGGAAUUCCUCAUAUUUUAGAACAUACUACACUAUGUGGAAGCAAGAAGUAUCCUGUCAGGGAUCCGUUCUUUAAAAUGCUGAAUCGCAGCUUAGCAAACUUCAUGAACGCUUUUACGGCAUCUGACUUCACAUUUUAUCCUUUUGCAACCGUUAAUCCUACUGAUUACAAAAAUUUACGAGACGUUUAUUUGGAUGCAACGCUCUUUCCAAAACUAAGAAAGCUCGACUUUUUACAAGAAGGGUGGCGUUUUGAGCACUCGAACGUUAAAGAUAAAUCUAGUCCUAUUAUCUACAAUGGUGUUGUUUUCAACGAAAUGAAAGGACAGGUUUCUGACUCUUCCUAUGUAUUCUACAUGCUAUUUCAACAACGACUCUUUCAAGGAACCGCGUAUGGUUGCAACAGUGGAGGAGAUCCACUGGCCAUUCCAGAUUUAACCUAUGAAGAAUUAGUCAACUUUCACAAAACACAUUACCAUCCUUCAAAUGCAAAGAUUUUCUCUUAUGGCUCAUUUCCCUUGAAGGAGAAUCUGGCUGCUUUAAGUGACACUUUUUCAAGCUUCCUCCCUAAAACGAUAAAUAAGCCUGAAAUGUACUUGGCUGACUUUGAUUCUGAAAAACGUGUCACUGAGUACGGUCCUGCAGACCCUGUGAUGCCUCCUGACCAACAGGCUAAAUUUUCAAUUUCUUUCCUUGCAAAUGAUACGGCAGAUGUUUACGAAACUUUUGCAUUGAAGUUGCUUUCUAGACUGUGUUUGGACGGUUUUUCUUCGCCCAUGUACCAAGCUCUUAUUGAAUCCGGUUUAGGUUCAGAAUUUUCUCCUAACAGUGGCUACGACUCUACCACUAAGCGAGGAGUUUUCUCUGUUGGAAUAGAAGGUGCUGCUAAUGAUGCCCUUCCUUUGUUAGAACAAAAGGUCUAUUCUGUAUUCGAGGAGUUGUCCAAGAAUGGAUUCAAACAAGAGAAGUUAGAUGCUAUCCUUCAUCAGAUGGAAAUUUCUCUGAAGCAUAAAUCCGCCAACUUUGGUAUGGGAUUAGCUCAAUCAGUUCCAUUUUACUGGUUCAAUGGCGUAGACCCAGCUGAUUAUCUUUCCUGGAAUAAGCAGAUUGAAUGGUUUAAGAAUGAGAAUAGAGAUGGUAAACUAUUCCAAAGAUUGAUUCAAAAGUACGUUUUUGAAAACAAGUCAAGGUUUGUGUUUAGUAUGUAUCCUUCUGCAGACUUCUCAAAGAAUUUUCAAACGAAGGAGGCUCAAAAAUUGCAGGAUCAUGUAUCAUCUCUUUCGAAAGACGAAAUUAAAAAGAUUGAACAGGUCAGUGCUGAGUUGUUAGAAAAGCAAUCGACGCCUGAGGAUACCAGUUGUUUACCUACCCUUAGUGUUUCUGACAUAAGUAAAACCACGGAAAAGACCGAACUUGACUCUAUCAAAAUGGAAGGCAUACCUAUCCAAUGGUACAAAUUAAGUCCUGGUCUCACUUAUCUUCGAGUAUUAUUUCCUCUGAAAGAUUUCCCUGAACACCUUCUCCCUUAUCUUAGUGUAUUCUGUGAUGCUUGUCUUAGUUUAGGAACUUUUGAUCAAAAUAUUGCUGAACUAGAGCAGCAAAUUCGCCGGUACACUGGUGGAAUUAACGUCUCACCAUCUUUAGUUACUGAUCCUAAAGAUUUAUCCAAAGCUGGCCUCCACUUAUACGUCUCUGGUUACUGUUUAGAUGAAAAUGCGGAAAAAAUGGUUGACUUAAUUAAGAAGGUGUUUUACGAGACGAACCUUGAGAAUCGUGAAAAAUUGGCGAUUAUGCUCAAGACAUCAAUUAGUGGUAUUACCGAUGGAAUUGCUGAACGAGGUCAUGUGUUUGCACGCUUGUCAUCGGCUUCCAGCCUGACCGAUAAAGCUCGUAUGUCUGAGCAACUCAACGGUCUUAGUCAAGUUAAGGUUCUUAGUGAACUAAACAAGGCAAAGGAUGUAGAUGAACUAGUUUCUUAUUUGAAAGAAAUCCAGAAAUUUAUGAAGGAGACUCGUGACGUAAAGGUUGCUGUUAAUGCAGCACCUUCACAGCAAGAAGUUGUAAAGAAAUCUUUAAAGAAAAUCUUGCCUCCAUCAUCUGGGAACCCCACAGUAGCCAAGCAACAAGCGGCUAAAAAGUUUGAACCUUCUUCUACGCAAGUUUACCAUGAACUUCCUUUCCAAACGAACUUCGCUUCUUCAUCAUACAUAGGCGUUCCAUACACGCAUGAUGAUGGUGCAGCUUUACAGAUAUUAUCUUCCUUACUUACUCAUAAAUACUUGCACGGAGAGAUUCGCGAAAAAGGUGGUGCUUAUGGUGCUGGUCUGUCGUAUAGUGGGAUUGAUGGAAUCCUUUCCUUCUUUACUUAUCGUGAUGCUGAUCCUUCUCGUUCACUGGCCAUUUUCACUGAGGCCUCGGAAUGGGCAGCCACGCAUCUGUUUUCUGAAUCUGAUCUUGAUGAGGCAAAGCUAAGCGUCUUCCAAGGUAUCGAUGCUCCUCAAAGCGAAAGUCAAAAAGGUGUACUGCAAUUUUUAGAUGGCGUUUCAGAUGAUAUGUUACAGCACCGUAGAGAGCGUCUCUUAGAUGUAACAGCAGAAGAUGUUUCUCGUGUGGCCAAACAAUAUUUGGUAAAUGGAAAGAUCUCUUCAAGCACCAUCUUAGGACCCAAAAUGUCCAUUCAACCGGCGGGUUGGGAAAUUAGCACACUCACCUCUUGAAGCGUUUUGAGGAAACGAAAUGCACUUAUUCAAGAUACGGUUAACGAACAUUAUUGUAUGCAUUAAUGAUAAAUUCGACAUUUGAAACCAUUUUUGAUAAUAAAACUUUUUGCUUUUGUUUAUACUUCAUUACAAUUUUUGUAUCAUCGUGUCGAUUUCUUGUGUCCCAUUAAUCGCCGACAUAAAUUGAUACAGAAGCAAAGACUAUAAUAUAAAUAGAUUUGAAUUUAUAGUUUUAUGUUUGACUUGACUUGACAUGAAUUUAGUUCGUUUUCAUUUCUUU